AUGAGCGUUGCCAACGCAUCGCGCAGAGGGGGUGGAGGGGAAGACGAAACUCGGGUUUUCGAAGAGGCACAACAAGCCUCUCUCUCCACCAAGGCCAAAGAGAGUCCCUCCGCCAAACCCACGAACCCGUGUGGUGGUGAAAAUAGUGUGGACGUGGGGACGAGUUCUCCGACGCACGAUGGAGUGGCACCGCGCCGGAAAUUUUAG